AUGGACGUCCGUUCUCCGAACCCAAACACGCUUCUCCCCUACAUCCUCAUCCUCGCACUCGGCGGUCUCUGCACGCUCGCGUCCCGCAGCACAAUCGUGUCGCGCACCGCCCGCGCCCUCUUGAUCCUCCACGGCCUGCUCAAUGUCGCACAGGGCUUCUACUGCCUGCUGCGCCCUUGUCUCGGUGCGCUGGGCGUGGGAUGGUACCAGUUCGUCUUUGCGUGCCAGAACAACAGGGCUCUGAUCAGCGCGACGAUCCCGCUGCGCAUCAACUACGCAGCUGUCGUGUACAGAUCCAUGGGGGGCGCGGCCCGGCGUACGAGCUGA